AAGCGCUGUCAUCGGUUUUUCAGUUUCCAAUUACAAUUAAACAACAUUCAAUUAUUUUAGUUUGGCAUACUUCACUUUAUUAAAACAAACUACAGAUUUGACGUAGAUUAAUAUUUUUCGGUACGCGUUUUAAUUAAAUUAUACUUCAUAAUUAAAAAUACAAAAAGGAGCAUGCCGUUUUCUGUAGUAGAAUUGGAAGACGGAGUUGUAUUAGUUCCGACGAAAUAGAUAAUCAGUCUCGAGAAUGACGAACGGAAAUGUUACUACCCGCCUUCUGAAAGAGCUUCCAAAAUAAAUGAGAUGAUAUCAAAAUCAGUUGAGCCAGAAUUAAAUUGGAAACAGUACGAUGUUCUCCAAUAUUUAAAAAGAACUGACACAUACGAAAAAGGCAGAGAGAAAUUGCACGAAGCAUUAAUAAUGUCUGAAAUUGACAGCGACGUGAUUGACAACUACUCCGAAAAUUAUAAAAGAUCUAGAAACAACCGUGCUAAAGUGAUUUCAUCCCCUUCUUUACAAAAUGCUUCUAUUAAAGAGGUUAAUAAAUUAAAAAAUAUCGUGUCGACAUCAGAAAAGAAGCGGCAAAAACCUCAAAUAAAUGAUGAACAAAUUCAAAAGCCUCGUAUUCCACUUCCACCUAUGAAACGAAUUCGUGCUGGGCCAACUGAGACUGAAUUUGCAACACCGAGUUUACCAAAAAAUUCGAAACAAAAAGAUUUUAGUGACACAAGAUCUCCGGGAUCCACAAAUGACCUUCUCCUAAACGAAAUUCGAAUUGCCAAAUCAGCCAUUGAGAAUCCAAUUUCUGAAGAUUCAACACUGAGAUCACCGAAAAACUCAAUACAAAGCGAUUUUAGAAGCAAAACAUUCACAAGCAACCUUCUUCCGAAAAAAAUCCCUACUGAUGCUUCUACCAUUAAAGAUUCAAAUUCUGAUGAAUCAUCAACAGAUACAGACGAAUUCGCAAAACCAGGAUUAUUGGAAAAUUCGAAGCAUAAGGGAUUUAAAACCAAAGAUGUUUUUGAUCCAAGCACAUCAACUGAAAAAAUGCGAAGCUUAAAUAAUUUCAACACAGCAUCGGCUUUACCUGAUAAUGAUAACAAUCCAAAUGCAUCCAAAAGUAAAUUUUCAUCAAACUUAGAGAAUGCUUUGGCCAGUCUUGAAUACCAAGAUUCAAAAACAGAAACAUGAAAAUUCAGUCUCAAAGUAGUUGCGGAACUUCAAAUAAUAGAUCUUUCUUUGAUUCCACAAAAUGCCCGAAGUUGCCAAUUAAUUCCAAAAAGGACCUAAUAGCAACAAAUGACAAACUAAAUGAU